UUCCUGAAGGACACACCACGCUGGCUGAUCAAAAAGGGACGUGGAAAAGAAGCUGCAGAAGCGGCAGUCUACAUCAAAAAGUGGGAUGGUGAAGUUACUCCAGAACAGGAAAAACAAAUCACUCAUGUGGUUGAAAAGGCUGCUCAAGAGGAGGCAGAAAAAUCGAACAAGUCGCACCAGAACUACUACUUUUAUCACUUGUUCAAGCAUCGCAGUCUGGGGAGCUAUGCUAUCGUCUUCGCUACUAGCAGAGUGCUGUGGGCAUUCAAAAUGGAGUGGACCACCACAUCGAUUGAAUUUUUUCAUUCUUUGAGCGAAAGCAAGCUUUUCCUCUCAGUGCGGGCAUGGAAAAAAAAAGCAAGUCAUAUAGUGGCGGCUGUUUUACAGUUCGACAGAUUUUCCACCAGUUUUAUAAGUUACGGUAUUGCGUAUAAUAUGGACGCGUUGGCGGGCACAGUGUACGUAAAUGUGAUCAUCCUGGGAUUGGCGCGCUACGCUAUCAACAUUAUUUGCGCCGCACUGGAAUAUUCAAUUGAACGUGUAGGGCGACGCUUGCUUCAUUGUCUUGCAGUCGGAUUCAUCGCUGUUACUAUGGGCAUAAUUUUCGUCCUCUACGUAUUCACAUGUCAGUUAUUAACUCGAAAAAAAGCUUGA